AUGUCAAGGGAGGAGCGCUCCUGGCCCACCCCGGGAAUAACGAUUGUGGGCAAUGUGACAGUGGACGUGGUGGAUGGGAAGAAGGCGCUGGGGGGCGCCUCAUCGUACGCCGCCGCGGUGGCCAAGGCCUGGGGAGUGCGGGCGUGCAUCGUGACCGCCCACGGCCAGGAUGCCGACCUGGGCUCUGUGUUUGAUGGCCAUGACCUGGUGGUGGUGCCCGCCGGCCACACCCUGGUGUUUGAGCACACCUACACCUUCUGGGGCAACCACCGCAAGCUGCGGGUCACCGCCCAGCCCAACGUCACGCUGACGAUGCGGCACCUGCCGGCGCGGUGCCGGCGGGCGCGCACGCUGCUGCUGGGCCCGCUCAUGCCACAGGACAUGGACCCGGCCAGCUUUGUGGCGGCGCCGCCCUGGUGGCACCGCCUGCUGGGCCUGCGGCGGCGGCAGGUUGGGCUCAUGGCGCAGGGGCUGCAGCGAGAGCUGGACGCCUCGGGCAGGGUGAGGGCGCUGCAGGAGGCCAGCCUCCAGCUGCGGCAGGCGCUGGGCCCCGCCACCUCGGUGUUCCUGUCGGAUGUGGAGACUGAGGUGUGGGCCAACGGCACGGUGGCCGCCCUGGCCGCACGCACCCGCCGCUUCCUGGUCACCCGCGGCAAGGAGGGCGCCGACGAGCACCUGGGCCGCAGCCAGGCGGUGCGGCACCCGGUGGCCGAGGUGGAUGCCGUGCUAGACACCAACGGCGCCGGGGACACCUUUGCCACAGCCUACAUGCUGGCAGCCGCGGCGGGCCAUGCCAGCCCCAUCAGCGUGGCGCACUGGGCGGGCGGCGUGGCGGUGUCCCAGCCGCAGGCCUGCAAGCCGGCCUGCGUGACAGAGGCGCUGCGAGCCGACUGGCGCAACAUGCCCGCCUCGCGGGGGAGGGGCUGGCUGGCGCUGCCGUCGCCCCUGCGGCACCUGGCGCAGCUGCUUGGCCUUGUGGCGCCCCGCAACAAGAUGAUUGCAAGCUAG